CUGGUUCUUCCUGUAAUAAAUAAAGAGAUAUAAUAACGGUGAAGAUAUAAAUGAGAAGAAGAAGACGGACACAACAUGAGGCUCCGCCCAGAACACCCCGCCCCCUCUCCUCUCCCUCAUUCCUAUUGGUGGAGUAGUCGCCAUGGUUACCACUUCCUCCUAGUGUCCGUACUAUGGAGCCAUCAGUGAUCAGUAUUAGGGUCCUGAUCCCGGUAUUGGCCCCGAUACCUAAUCCUAUAGCUACAGUCCGGAGCCCAUCAGCCGGUGAGGUCUCCAGAACUGACCCCAUUAGGACAUCGCUGUCUAUUAUUCAGUGGAGGAGUUGGAGGACACAAGGAUCUGUACCAGGACAUAGUCAUGAUGGAGGAUCACCGGCCCCUCACAUCACAAGAUGGAGUCAUUGAUAGAAAUCCACCCGAGAGGUGUCCCCGUCCUCUGUAUUCCCAGGACUGUCCAGAGGGAAAUGUCCCAGAGAAGCAUCAGGUUGAAGAUCAGAUUAAUAUUAAGGAUGAGGUUAAAGAUGAACCAGAAGAGGAGACGGAUUGUUGGUCCGAUCAGCAGUGUAUGAGGGAAGUGAAGGAGGAAAUUCCAGGAGGUGUUACCCCAGAUGGAGUCAUUGAUAGAAAUCCACCCGAGAGGUGUCCCCGUCCUCUGUAUUCCCAGGACUGUCCAGAGGGAAAUGUCCCAGAGAACCAUCAGAUUGAAAAUCAGAUUAUUAAGGUUGAAGUUAAAGAUGAGGAGAUGGAUAUCGGGGCCGAUCAGCAGUAUGGAGUCAUUGAUAGAAAUCCACCCGAGAGGUGUCCCCGCCCUCUGUAUUCCCAGGACUGUCCAGAGGGAAAUGUCCCAGAGAACCAUCAGGCUGAAGAUCUGAUGGAUAUUAAGGUUGAGGUUAAAGAUGAAUCCGAAGAGGAGAUGGAUUUCGGGGCCGAUCAGCAGUAUGGAGUCAUUGAUAGAAAUCCACCCGAGAGGUGUCCCCGCCCUCUGUAUUCCCAGGACUGUCCAGAGGGAAAUGUCCCAGAGAAGCAUCAGGUAGAUGACGCUAAAGUUGAAGAUCUGAUGUAUAUUAAGGUUAAGGUUAAAGAUGAACCAGAAGAGGAGAUGGAUUUUUGGGCUGAUCACCCGUGUAUGAGGGAAGUGAAGGAGGAAAUUCCAGGAGGUGUUACCCCAGAAAAUCCCUGUAAGAAUUCUGAGGGAAACUUCAUGUUAUCCCUGAAUGAUAAAGGAGAAUAUGAAGAUAUGAUGGAGCGCUCCUCAGGAGAAGACCUCCUUACCCCUAAUGUCCAUCCAGAUCUAUCCUAUAAUAAUCCACCUGAUCAUGAGGAAUCUUCUCCUGACCAACCACACAUUGUUACCACAAGGAGAGGUCAGGAACAUGGGAAAGGUUUAUAUUGUGAGGAAUGUGGGAAAGAAUUUACAAGAAGAUCAGAUCUUGUUAGACACAGAAAAAGUCACACAAGAAAGAAGCUGUAUGUGUGUUCAGAAUGUGGGAAAUCCUGUAAAUGUCAAUCAGCUCUUAUUAUACAUAAGAGAAUCCAUACAGGGGAGAAGCCAUUUUCAUGUUCAGAAUGUGAAAAAUGUUUUAAAAGUAAAGCCGAGCUUGUUAAACAUGAGGGAAUACACAUAGGAGAGAAGCCAUAUUCGUGUUCAGUAUGUGGAAAAUGUUAUCAAAUUAAAUCAGAGCUUGUUAAACAUGAGAGAAUACACACAGGAGAGAGGCCAUAUUCAUGUUCAGAAUGUGGAAAAUGUUAUGCACACAAAUCAAAUCUUGUUGCACAUGAGAGAAGUCACACAGGAAAAAAGCCUUAUUCAUGUUCAGAAUGUGGGAAAUGUUUUCUAAAUAAAUCAGAUCUUAGGAGACAUGAGAGAAUUCACGCAGGAGAGAAGCCGCAUCCAUGUUCAGACUGUGGGAAAUGUUUUAGUAGUAAAACAGAUCUUGUUAUACAUAAGAGAAUUCACACAGGAGAGAAGCCAUUUUCAUGUACAGAAUGUGGGAAAUGUUUUACACAAAAAUCAGUUCUAGUAUUGCAUGAGAGAAGUCACACAGGAGAGAAGCCAUAUUCAUGUUCUGAAUGUGGGAAAUGUUUUACAGGUAGAUCAAAUCUUGUUAAGCAUGAGAUAAGACACACAGGAGAGAAGCCAUAUUCAUGUUCAGAAUGCGGGAAAUGUUUUAAAAGUAAAUCAGAUCUUGUUAUACAUAAGAGAAUUCACACAGGAGAGAAGCCAUAUUCCUGUUCACAAUGUGGGAAAUGUUUUACAAAUAAACCAAGUCUUGUUAAGCAUGAGAAAAGUCACACAGGAGAGAAGCUGUGCUCAUGUUCAGAAUGUGGUAAAUGUUUUAUAAAUAAAUCAGAUCUUGCUAUUCAUAAGAGAAUUCACACAGGAGAGAAGCCCUAUUUGUGUUCAGAAUGUGGGAAAUGUUUUACAGUUAAAGGAAAUCUCCUUACACAUGAGAAAACUCACACAAGGGAGAAGCCCUAUCAAUGUUCAGAAUGUGGGGAAUGUUUUAUAUAUAAAUCACAACUUUCUGGACACAAGAGAAGUCACAUUGGAGACUGAUAGAUGAAAUAAUAAAUGAUAAAAAUAAUAAUAUGGAGAAUGGAAAUCUGAGAUCUCAGGUAACAGUAAAAUGUGAUGUUUCUAAGUUCUGUUGUGAGAAUUAACCCUCGAAUAAACUUCAUAAUGAAUCCUAAGCAAAAACUAAAGCCAACAUCAUCUCCUUUUGUAGGUAAAUAACGGUAAUGAGAAGUAAUAUGUAAUGCUAUUGUGUAUCAUUUAGUAGUGACUUGUAGCUCUACACUACAGUAUGAUUGGAUGAUUUCUAUGGAUGAUAAUGAUUGGUGAUUACUAUGUAUUACCUCGGCCUCAUUUCCAUUAGAAAUAUUACUGAUUGUAUCUCAUGUGUCACUUCUGUCCUAUCAGGACACUUCUGUGUUGUCACCAAUAAAUAAAAUCCUGUGUGUG